AUGGAGCGGGAGCCGGGGGCUGCGGGGCCGGCGCGGGCGUUGGAGCCGCUGCGGCACCUCCGCGAAGUGCUGCGGCCGGCGCUGUCCCGGAUCCGAGAAGGGGAGUCGCGGGAGAGCAGCGAGACCUUCGAGCAGCAGCGCUUCUGGGACACACUAGGUCAGACGUUCAAAGCGACAUCCCAGGAAGCUACGAAGUUGAGUCUGGCAUUCUCAAGGCCUCCGCUGCCUUCUGCAGAGGACUGUCAGAAACUGAGCGAAGGCGUCCAGAAUGCCGUCCUGGCAGCUGCCACAGUAUAUUACUGGCUUCCCAAGGGCCAAGGUACCACUCUGCGGAAGAUGGUGCGAGAUGCCACUGCCGAGGUAGUGGAAGGAAUGAUCCAGCUCACAGACGUGAUUCUCCGUACUCCACUGCAGAGUUUGUCUCAGGAGCAGCUUAUAUCAACUGGUAGUGUAUGGGAGGCAUGUGAACAGAUUUCCCAUCUGCCACAAGAUAACCAGGCAGCAGUCCUGUCAGCCAUGUCCGCCUAUCUGGGUGUGGUCAGGGAUGCGGUGGAGGAAAUGGAGCAGGCUCAGGGGGAAGAUCGGGACCCCUACAGUGACAUCAUGGAGGAUGAGGAGUUGGGCUCUCGGGGCAAUAGGGACACCUACUGGUCUGAGGCUGACCGGAAGCUACUUGGUCCCUGCAUGGGGCUGAUGAAGGCCUCCAAAGCCUGCCUGAAGAAGCUCUUGGGUGCAGUGAAGGUUCACGGCAAAGCAGACACCCCAGAACAGGUGGCUCAGCUAGAUGAUCUUGCAGACAUCACCAAUGAGAUCAGCCCGAGUGUUGAUGAGCUGGCACUGAGUAUGUAUCCACCCAUGAACCAGCUGGCUGUGCGACUCAAUGCUGCCAAACUGGCCUCUGUAUUAAAGAAAGUCCUAGAAAUUACAAAGUCAAGCCAUGUGUGUCCCCCAUCAGAGGAAGGCUGGGUUCAGUUUCUCACUGGUGCAGUAGAUCACAACAUGGACAAAAUUAAGGACUUCACACGGAGUGAACUUUAGUGCUUCUGCGGCCGGGGUCUUUAACAGCUGCCUUUCUGGUGCGUCUGGUCGUUCCCUGAACACAGGGAGAGCAAUGGGGUUGGCAUUUGAAGGAAGAGCUUUUCCAACCUGGAAGAACUUUGCAAAUGCAAAGUGUGACUUGCUGGUCUUCUCUGGCAAUUGCCAACACUGCCACCCUUGAUUUGUUUCCUGGGACAAUGAGAAGCUGCAUCUUGAUGUUGUGAAUGUGUCUUGCCCCCUUGGACUUGGCUCUAGGGCUGCCCUACAGGGCAGAAAGGGCAAUAAAAUGUCACUAGG